CAUGGCGACGGCUUCAGCUUCACGGCCGAGUCGGAGCGUGAGAAGGAGGAGUGGGUGGAGUCGAUCCAGGAGUCGAUCGCAGAGACGUUGUCCGACUACGAAGUGGCCGAAAAGAUCUGGUUCAACGAGGCUAACAGGGUCUGCGCCGACUGCCACGCCCCCCGGCCAGAGUGGGCGUCGGUCAACCUGGGCGUGGUCAUCUGCAAGAAGUGUGCAGGUCAACACCGUUCCCUCGGUCCGAGUAUUUCCAAAGUUCGUAGUCUGAAACUGGACAGCAGCAUCUGGACCAACGAGCUGGUGGAGCUCUUCCUCGAGGUCGGAAAUGCCAACGCCAACAGCUUCUGGGCCGCCAAUCUGCCGGCGGAGGACGAGCUGUUCGCCGGCGCCUCGGCCGAGCAGCGAGCGACUUAUGUCCGACGGAAAUACCGGGAGAGGAAGUACCGUCGGGUCCUGGAGGGACUGGACGAGCCGGAGCAGCUCAACCAGGCUCUGUGCGUCGCCGUGGUAACACCAGACGUGUUGCAGACGAUGGCGCUGGUCUUCAGCGGCGCCGACGUCAUGUGUGCCACCGGCGACCCGACCUUCUCCACCCCGUACCGCCUGGCCCAGAGGUCCGGACAGAGGCUGCAGAUGGAGUUCCUGCACCACAACAAACUGACAGAUUUCCCCAGACUGGAGGCGUGGUCAGAGAACCCCUCCCUUUGUGACUCCUCCCUCUUCAUGGACGGCUUCCUCUACAUCUCCUCCGGCUUCUCCAAGUCGACGCUGGACCGCCGCGGCAGAGACGAUAUGAGUCGUCGCUGGUGCACCCUCGAGGCCGGAUUCCUCAGUUACUAUGAGAGCGAACGAAACCUGACGGCGAUCGGCAGAGUGGACGUGACGGAGGUGGUGAGCGUCGCCGUUAGCAACACGGAGACCAUGACGGUAGCAGGGGCUGUUUUUACCGUGGAGUUGUACCUGCAGACGGAACGGGUGCUGGUUUUCGGAGCUGAAACUCAAGAAACACAACACGACUGGAUCCAGGCGCUAACCAAGUGCUUCGUCCCGUCCAACGUGGAGCGUCUGGUGCAGAAGGACAGCGAUCUGAUUGGUCGACUCUGCUACAAAGAGGGUCAUGACCUGUACCACUGGAAACUGGGCUGGUUCAUGUUGGACGGGUCCACUUUACACUACAGCCCCGGGGACCAGGAGGACCAGGACCAGGUUCUACAGCUCAAACAACUGCAAGAACUCACUGUUUCCUCACACACAGAAGGAGACGAGAAGAUCCAGGUUCUGCUGAUGGUGGAAGGUAGAAGAACCGUUUAUAUCCACGGUUUCAACAGGAUGGACUUCGCCCUGUGGCGUUCGGCCAUCACGCUCGCCGCCGGAACCGAUGGACGAGCGCUCGGCGACCAACAGCUGACAAAGAACGGCGUUCCCAUCGUGGUCGACAGUUGCAUCGCCUUCGUCACCCAGUACGGUCUGUGUGUGGACGGGGUCUACCAGAGGCCGGGGGAUCCGGCUCGGGUCUCCGCCCUCCUGGACCAGUUCACCCGAGACGCUCGCAACGUGAAGCUGAGGGAGAAGGAGCGCCACCUGGAGGACGUCACCGACACUCUGAAGAACUUCCUGUCCCAGACCGAGGACGCCCUGCUGGCCAAGGAGCUGUACCCCUACUGGGUGUCUGCCCUGGAUGAGAAGGACCAGAGUCAGAGGGUGAAGAAGUACAGAACCUUCAUCCACAGUUUACCCAAGAUCAACCAGUCCACACUGGAGGCCCUGCUGCAGCACCUGUACAGGAUCCAGCAGUGUUCCCACCUCAACCAUAGUCCCGCCCACAAACUGGCGUCCGUCUUCUCGUCCUGUUUGUUUCAGACUCAGGGACAAACGCCGCAGGAGGUCAGCGUCAUCCACGACCUGAUCAGCAACUACAUCAGCCUGUUCAGUGUCAAUGAAGACCAGGUUCAACAGAUGGAGAGAGAAAACAGCUUCAUCACACGCUGGAACGACAAGAAGGACACCACGUUUUCUCCAGCUGGAGACCUGAUCUUCGAGGUUUACCUGGAAAAGAAAGAACCCGAGAACUGCUGUUUAAUCAAGGUGUCGCCCAGUAUGAAGGCGGCGGAGUUAGCGGAAACAGCGCUAGGUAUGAAGAACGUCACCGUCAACGCUGAAGAACCGUGGACCACAUUCGAAGUCAUCGAGAACGGAGAACUAGAGCGCCCCCUCCACCACAGUGAACGGGUCCUGGAGCAGGUCCUGGAGUGGAGUUCCCUGGACCACCCCGGCUCGGCUUUCCUCAUAGUGAAGAAGUUCACCUCAGCCAAAAGAGUCUGCGAUGGAAAAGGGCCGAAGCCGUUGGUUAAAGGCGAGUAUCUGAAGUUCAGUGACGGAUCGUCCAAGCUGUUGUCGGGACAUAAAUUCCAGGAUAAAUACGUCAUCCUGCGCUCCGACAACCUCCAAAUCUACAGAGACAUCAAAAGCACAAAGGCAGAGAAAUCCAUCCAGCUGAAGUCUGCGAAGUGUUACCUGGGCCUGAAGAAGAAGCUCAAACCUCCCAACAGUUGGGGAUUCACCGUCUACACUGAUAAACAACAGUGGCAUUUCUGCUGCGAGGAGAGGGCGGGGCCAGUCGCCUGGGUGACGGACAUCAUCAGGACCAAGUUCGGAUCUGAGCUGUGUUUAAAGGCCGUUCCGUCUAAAGAACCUGCAGUUCAUAAACCCACCAGAGGAGGCGCUGUGAGCCAAGGAUGGAAACUACCAACGCACAGCAGUAACUGCAGUCAACAGCUGACUGACAAGAAGCUUCCUGUUGGCGAGGGCGACGCUAACACCGCCAGGGUGGGCGCUCCGCACCACAUGACCAUCACCGGCUGCCUGAGGCGAGGCGAGGCUCCGCCCAGGAGGACCUCCCUGGACACGGGACGGCCUCCACGGAUCCCCCCGCCGUCGUCCGGGCCGCUCCGGUCCACGGUGCCGCCGCCGUCCGCCCACGCCAACGGCGGUGGGAGGAGGCCUCGUGUUGGGGGGGAGGGGCUAAUGCCCGCCGGUCUGCUCAACGAACUGAACUCGGUGCUGAGUAAGAGCGGACGCAGCGCCAAGAACGACGGCUGACGGCGGUACCGGAGGGUUUGACGGCGCUCACGGACGGGGUUCGGGUUCAGGAGGCGUCGGAGGUCAUCCAGACGAAUCUGUGUAGAAGUCCUUCAUUUGUUUUUCAAUUUAAAACCAAAAAUCCCAAAACAUUCAUUUCAUUUUCAAAACCAGAAUGAAAAACAGAAAACGGUUCGUUUUUCCCUUUCCUAAUUUUGUGCUCAAGUGAAAAAUGGAAAAAAUGGAAAACAACCGUUUCAUCCAAUCUGUUUAUCAGUCGUUCAUUUGUUUUUCAAUUUAAAACCAAAAAUCAAAAUGGAAAAAGCAAACCGUUAUGUUUUUCAUUCUGGUUUUGAAAAUGAAAAACAAAAAAUGAGUCUUUUUUUGUUGAAUGACACAUGGAUUGGAUGAGACAGUCGUUAUCCAUUUUUUGAGCACAAAAUCGGGAAAUGGAAAAAUGAACUGUUAACCUUUUUCAUUCUGGUUUUGAAAAUCAAAAACAAAAAAACACUAAUUUUUUUUGUUUUUCAUUUUCAAAACCAGAAUGAUUCAGG